UUCAUAAUUCGUUUACCAUAAAACGAGUGAAAAAUUAAGAAUUCCUUUUAAAUAUUAAAUAUAAUCCUGACACAAAGCCAAAAUUCUUUAAGGGGAGGGAAAAAAUUCGGUUCUUUUAAAUUUUCAUUCAGUUCUGUAGCCAAAAGCAACAAUAUUAUAAUUUCGAAACUAUAUAUAGAUAUAUUUAACACUAUCUUUUCCUGUGAAAUUUAAUUAGUUGAUAAGAAAAAUCAAAUUUUCUACACUCUCCACACGUCUCUUCACUCAAACUACAAUAGAAUUAAGGGAUAUUUUACGUUUUAAAAUUAGAAAAAUAGGUUCUUAACUAAACACAGCGAUGCUAGAUAUAUACUGUAUAUUGUCAUCUUUUCCGUAAACCCACAACAGGUUUUAUGAUAUACGUAUGCAUCGACCACGUCAUAAGAAUUCCACUGACCUUGGAUCUUGUAUUAGUUAUUACUCGAAUGUAGGCCUUAGUAGGCGCUUUUUGUUAUGUUGUCCACUCAACACAAGAGGCACUGGAUUAAAUGUUUAUGUUCUAGCAUAUUGCUAAUUGCCAUAGCUACUUGGAUUAUCUACCUUUUCCUACCCAUACCCACAAAAGGGCCAAAGUUUAAGAACAUUUCCCACGCCUAUGCAUCUACCAAAGUAAGAAUUACUCUUAACACUCAAGCAAUUCCUACAACAUUAGAUUCAUCUCUAUCAUCCGAUAUAUACGAAUCCAGAUUGGAUCGAGUUAAUGAAGUCUGUGAUAAAUACAGCAUAACGUAUUAUAGAAUAUUUAAAAAGGCCACAUCAAAUAGGUUAAAAAACGAUAAGAGAACGUCGUGUUCGACCAAAGAAUGUCCCGUUUUAGUCGACGAUGAUAACUUGUUCUACUUCUGCUUCAUUCCAAAGGUGGCAUCUACGUUUAUUAAGCAGUUAUUUUAUAAUAUCUCGUCUCUUCCUCAUAAUUUCUCAGUUUCCACAAACAGUUCAGCAUUUCAUUCGGAAGCUAAUGAAGUUUUCAAGAGGAUAUCGCCAUUAUUAUAUCCUAAAUAUAUUUUAAGAAGAUAUUAUAAAGUUAUGUUUGUACGUCAUCCCUUCGAUAGAUUGGUUUCUGCCUUUAGAGAUAAAGCUGAAAAAUCUAGAAAGGAGAAAUUGUAUUUUUAUGAAAAAUAUUGGGAUCCUAUAAUGAAGAAGUAUCGUUCGAGUGACAAAUUAGACGAUAAUUCAAAGCCUACGUUCCGAGAAUUUAUAAGGUAUUUAUUAGAAACGAAUCCUUCUCAUUAUGAUGUCCAUUGGGCAUUUUAUUGGAGCAGAUGCGAGCCAUGUUUAGUGCAAUACGAUUUCAUAGGCAAACUGGAGAGUGCCCACGAAGAUUUUUGGCAGGUUUCGAGGAAAUUAGACAUUGACUAUUUACCAUUUAAGGUAAAAAACGAAGAUCGAUUCACCAAUCGAAAUUAUUUUUACAAUUUAACCGCCGAAGAGCUAAGCAAAUUGUAUUCAUUGUAUAAACUGGAUUUCGAACUCUUCGAUUACAGCAUCGAAGAAUUUUUUGGAACUUCAAAUUACAAUCAAAGUUUAAGGAAAUUAAACGCUACAGCUUGAUAAAACAGAGUGUUUUUAUUUAUAUAUUAUGAUUUUUAUAAACCAUUAAAAACAUUUUAAACAGUAAACAGAACGGAUUUGAAUUUUAUUUAUUGAGAAGCUAUGGCUAUAAAUUAUGGAUUAGUUGUAAAUUUUAUUAUACAAAUUUGAAUAUAGUUAAUUAAUUGAGGUCUAAUUUAUCGGUUAUAUCGAGGAUAACAUAUUUACAUAAGCAUCAGCGUUGAAUUUUGUACACGUUUUAAACAAUCCAUACUUUUUUAUGUAUAUAAAAAAGGUUUCUUACAAGAUAAAAAACGUUGAAAAUAUGACAAUAAUAAUAAUAAUAAUAUCUAAAUAAACAGUUACAAAAGAGCAAUACUUUACUGAUUAUUAUCCAU